AUGGCCGGCGCCGGCGAGGAGUUCAUGGCGUCGGCGGCGGGGGUGUGGGCGGAGCUGCCGGUGCGGGUGGACUGGGCGGCCGUGGCGGCGCAAUGCGCGUGGGCUGGCGCGCAGGCGCGUGCGUUCCUGGUGGUGCCGGCCAUCCGGCUGCUGCUGGUCCUGUCGCUGACCAUGACGGUGAUGAUCCUGCUCGAGAAGAUCUUCGUCGCCGCCGUCUGCUUCGCGGCCAAGGCCUUCGGGCACAAGCCGGAGCGCCGGUACCAGUGGCGGCCGAUCGCCGCGUCGGCCUGCAAAACGGGCGGCGUCGACGAGGAGGCCAGCGUCGGCGGCGGAAGCUCGGCGUUCCCCGUGGUGCUGGUGCAGAUCCCCAUGUACAACGAGCGCGAGGUGUACAAGCUGUCGAUCGGGGCGGCAUGUGCGCUGGAGUGGCCGUCGGACCGCGUGGUGAUCCAGGUGCUGGACGACUCCACGGACCCCGCUGUAAAGGACCUAGUGGAGAUCGAGUGCCAGAGGUGGAAAGGCAAGGGGGUGAACAUCAAGUACGAGGUGAGAGGGAACCGGAAGGGGUACAAGGCCGGCGCGCUCAAGGAGGGGCUGAAGCACGACUACGUGCAGGAGUGCGAGUUCAUCGCCAUGUUCGACGCCGAUUUCCAGCCCGAGUCCGACUUCCUCCUGCGCACCGUCCCCUUCCUCGUGCACAACCCUGACAUCGCCCUCGUCCAGACCCGCUGGAAGUUCGUUAAUUCGGAUGAGUGUUUGCUGACAAGAUUCCAGGAAAUGUCACUAGACUACCAUUUCAAGUUUGAGCAGGAGGCCGGGUCCAUAGUCUACUCGUUUUUCGGCUUCAACGGGACGGCCGGUGUCUGGAGGAUAUCGGCGAUCGACGAUGCCGGUGGGUGGAAGGACAGGACGACGGUGGAGGACAUGGACCUGGCUGUUCGCACGGCGCUGAAGGGCUGGAAGUUCGUGUAUGUUGGCGCCGUAAAAGUCAGGAGUGAGCUGCCAAGCACAUUCAAGGCGUACCGAUUCCAGCAGCACAGGUGGUCGUGUGGACCUGCAAACCUGUUCAAGAAAAUGUUGGUAGAGAUUCUAGAGAACAAGAAAGUGUCAUUUUGGAGCAAGCUCCACCUCUUGUACGAUUUCUUCUUCGUUGGGAAGAUUGCUGCCCAUACGGUGACGUUCAUCUACUACUGCUUCGCGAUCCCGUUGUCCGUUUUCUUCCCUGAGAUUCAGAUUCCUCUCUGGGGCGUGGUCUACGUUCCAACUGUUAUCACCCUCUGCAAGGCUCUUGGAUCACCAAGUUCAUUUCAUCUGGUGAUCCUCUGGGUCCUCUUUGAGAAUGUGAUGUCGUUGCACCGGAUAAAAGCGGCGGUAACCGGUCUUCUAGAUGCCGGACGAGUCAAUGAGUGGGUUGUCACUGAGAAAUUGGGAGAUGCCAACAAGACCAAGCCAGCCAUGGAAGCAUUAGAUGCUGUGAAAGUGAUAGAUGUUGAGCUAGCGACGCCCCUAGUGCCAAAGCUCAAGAAGAGGAGAAUAAAAUUAUGGGACAAGUACAACUGCUCAGAGAUUUUUGUUGGAACCUCCAUAAUUAUAUGUGGUUUCUACGAUUUGUUUUAUGCAAACAAAGGGUACUACAUCUACCUCUUCAUUCAAGGCCUAGCAUUCCUCGUUGUCGGUUUUGAGUAUAUCGGCACACGCCCUCCCACUCCCAGCGCCGAAUAA